UUUUAAUCGUAGAAAUCACAUGCACGGGACAAUUACGUGUACCGCAGUUAUUUCCGUACUCCGUAAUAUUAUAAAUAAGAACUUCACUCUGAAUUUUUCAAACUUUAAAUUCUGGAAAAAUGGAACGAUUUACAACUCAAAACACUCAGGACGAUGAAAAUUUUUCUUUUUUGGAAUACUCUGGAGGAGAUACUCAAGCUUCGCAAUAUGAUUAUAACGACUUUUCACUUGAAUCUCAGCAAACUAACACUUUGCUUGACGGUUCGCAAUCGCAUUUCGUUGAGCCAGAUUUAUCUGGAGUGGGAGUUGACGAGUUAGACGCGUUCCAAGAUCUUGCCAUUGUUGAAAGAGAAUUAGAACACGCAUGCAGAUAUUGUGGUAUACACGCAGUAAACUCAGUAGCCAGAUGCGUGACUUGCAACAAAUGGUUUUGUAAUUCUCGUGGUAACACUUCUGGCUCCCAUAUAAUCAAUCACCUUGUUCGGGCAAAACAUAGAGAAGUCGCUUUACACCCGGAUUCACCACUUGGUGAAACAACGUUGGAAUGCUAUAGUUGUGGUUGUAAGAACGUUUUUUUAUUGGGAUUUAUUCCAGCGAAAAGCGAUACAGUUGUAGUAUUGCUUUGUCGGUGAGUAGGAAGAAUUAAAGUUAAUGAAUUCCUUUAAGUUUCGAUAUUGAUGUUAAGACAUACUUUCAAAAUAGACAACCCUGUGCCGCAAUGCCUAGUAGUAAAGACAUGAACUGGGAUACCUCUCAGUGGCUUCCUCUUAUUGAUGAUCGUUGCUUUCUUCCAUGGCUUGUUAAAGUUCCCAGUGAACAAGAACAACUUCGGGCUCGUCAAAUCACCGCACAUCAAAUUAACAAGCUCGAGGAGUUGUGGAAAGAUAACAC